AAACAUAUUACAAGCCCUUGGAGUUCAGAACAACUCAAGGAUAAACUGUGCGAAACGUUGCACGAUUUGAGCAAGAAGAUAUUCGCGUUUAAGUGCUGAACCUGAUUAAAGACACCAGGUAUAUAAAAAUAUGUUUUCGAAGCUUUUGAUCUGUCUAGCGCUGUCCCUACAAACAGCCUGUGUAGUCGACGCACUUCUGUUCGGCCCAAAAUUCCGUUUGACUCCUCGCGCACGGCCGACGAAAAAGAUGACAGCGAGGGAACGAGUAUUAAAGUCUCCGCUAAGAGUGAACAGGUACCUACUGCAGUUGUACAAAGAACUAACAACAGGGGAUAACGGAGGAAUCGUAAAGAAAUCAAUGCCAUAUUCCGCUCACUCAAUACGAGGAAUUCCUGCAGACGUGAAGAAGGUGUCGAAAUCCAGUAUAAAAAUUCGCUUUGACCUCAAAAGCAGGGACGAAAUCCACUCAGCGCUACGUGAUGAGGUUCAUCUCCACAUGAACCCCCCUGAUCCAAAGGACCAACAAAUCUUCAAACCUUACGUGUUGAGAUUCAAGGACAUUCACACAAACAAAAUAAUAAGGAAGUACAAAGUGCCCGCGUUCAACCAGGGAUGGCAGGUGCUAUCCCUGAACAAAUGGACCAAUAAAUGGAUCAGAAAUUCGAGCACAAACGAAGGAUUUCUGCUGACCAUACAUCGCGCGGGCAAGCCGGCAAACAAGAAUCCGUUUGUCAAUUUCGGAUACGGGAAUGAUCCAUAUUUGAUAUUGUACGCGACCGACAAGCAACGCAGCAUAUUGGCAUGGAGGUUCCUCAUCCAGAAUGCACUGAACUCAGUCGCAGGCAACCGAGCUGGAAAGCGAAUAACACGUGACGCACGCCUGCAUGCGCAUGGUCAGCGGAUGACGCGCAACACGAACCAGCGAUCACAAGGUCAGCGGUUGAUUGUGGACAAGAGCAAGAGACCACAGUGUACCGAGGUCGAGAGGGACGUGAACACGACGAACUUAGCAAUUGGCAGCAAUUUCAUAAUCCUUCACCCAAGAAUUUACAAGAUGAUAGACUGUUCAAACUCGUGCAUAACAAAAGCUACAACAAUAAGUUACCCGACAUCGUCUCGGAAAGGCCAUGUUGGUUAUGAACGAUAUUGCUGCAAACCGACAAAACGACGCGACGUGGCUGUCAUGUUAAUGGACCAGAACAGAGGAAAUGUUGAGAUCGAACUGUUUCGGAACAUUGUGCCCACGGGAUGCAUGUGGUCGAGACAGUAAACAUGUAUCUGUCGCUCUUGAGGGCGUUUGGAAGUAUUAGCGUGAAGUACUUAGGAAGAGUCGUUAUUUCAGGAAAGAGGCUAUGAAGUAGGCGGUGUUUCAAAUCAUAAGUUAAUCACAUCUGAAAUUAUUAUUAUUUUACCUUAUUUUAAGACGAAAAACGCAACUUAUUAAGGCGUAGCCCGCCAGUAAAACUUUUAUGGUUUCGUUCGAAUUUGAUGUUGUUAGCGAUGCCUAAAGAUUAUAUUGUUAAACAAAGUUAUAGGAGGAAUUCCUACUGCAUCUCCUCUUAACUGAAAUGAAUGACUAGUUCCUGGAAAUUUGUAGGGAGAGAAACAGUGAACCGUAACAAUUAGCUAUUGAACAGCUGACAGAAUGGGAAGAUAGCUACGGUACUCUAUAUGAUAUACACGACAAUCAUUUUGGACUGACUUCUAAAAUGCUAUUCAACUUUUAUAAACUUUCGACCAGCUGCAUAGUAAACCACCAUGCUAGCGAUAAUAUUAAAUUCAAGACCACUAUCCAUAAUUUAUCAAUAGGACCUACUGGAUUGUGCUGCAUGUUUCUGUAAAGGUUCUUUCAAAACACAAUAUUAAUGACCAUAUUUCGUGUAAAUAUUGCAAGCCGACCUUAGUUUCUUUGUAACAUUAAAAUUUCGGCAGGUUUUUGUCGGAUUUGAUGGUUUACAAAUUCUAGCCGGGUUGCUGGGUAUAGACUGGGAUAGAAAUCGAGCCAAACAGCACCAUAUAAUGAUCAAUGACAAUGUAAAAUUGGUCACCGCCAUUUGGCAAAAUAUUUUAGUAAGAUCAAUUCAUUACGUGGUAUAUAUUUGAGACGUAAUCCAGAUUGGAAAUUUUUUUUUUUUGAAUAUGAACUCGUUUUGCACAAUUGAUAUCAGAAUAAUAAUUGGGUGGACGACCCUUUCCAACCUGAGAUGUAAUGGAUUGAAUUUAUACAAAAUAUAUUAUAGUUAACAGUUAUAAA